AUGGCGGAGGUCGUGACGCCCUGCAUGCCCAGCAACCUUUGCCCCGUGUCCAUAGAUCACCCUGGGGUGGUGAACGCGAUCGAAGUGGCGACGGAGUACUUCAACAGCAAAUCCAGCGAUUCGUUUUACAGCAUGGUGUGGAAUGUGUUAUCGGCCGAAAAACAGGUGGUGGCGGGGUUCCUGUACUAUCUCACCCUGGAGCUGAAAACUACCGUCUGCAAGAAGAGUUCUGUUUCCCGGAACUGUCCCUUCCAAGAGGAUCCUCAAUAUACCAAGACAAUGACCUGUAAAUUUCAAGUCUUGGAGCACCCGUGGAUCGGGCCCACGCAGGUGACUAAAUCUUCUUGCUCCAGGACGGCCAACUGA